AUGAUCCACUGGGACUUCAAUGAUUCUACUCCGUGCUUGUCUAGUGAGUUCGCUAGUUCGAAGAUCCCCUCAUAUUCAUGUUCCAAAAUCAAGACUUCUGGAAUGUCAGAUGUAACAUCUGAGACGGUGGUCGAGUCGGAUUAUCCCUUGCUAGCCAUUCGUACAGAACUCCACCCCGUGCGCCAUUGGUUCAAGUCCAAUAUGGCUCGAGGAGACUUGAUUAUUGAUGCAUGA